GUCAAAGUCUAAAAUCAAAGAUACAAAAAACACAUUCACUUUCAGUGGCUCAUAAACUCUUAGCUGUGUCUCUGUGUGUGUUCCUUUUCACGCUUCAUCCACACACACACACACACACACACACAAGUCAUACAUUUGUAGUAUAUGUCUUUCAUUCAUUCUAUCUUCAUGUUUUCAUAGACACACACAAACAAUGAAAAUGAAGUUUCUUCACAUGAUUCUCAUGUUCAUCCUUAUUCUUCACAAACCAAUUUGGAUUCUUGCUUCUGAUAUAGACCCUCUUGUUCCCUCACCUCAAAUUUCACCCUUUUCUCCAAUUCUCACAUCAAUCACUGUUUCUGCUUCCUCUCCAGGUAUUCAUGUGGGGGAUGAACAGCAAAAAAUGGAUUCACACAAGAAAAAGAUAAUGACUUUUGUUGUAGCUAGCACUGCACUUGGUGUCAUCAUUUUGUGUAUGUUAAGCUUCUGGAUUUAUUACAUCAAGUAUUCAUCGAAAUCCAACAAGAAAAAGUUUCAAAGCUCGGAUGGUGAGAAAGGGAUUGGUUUAGCUCCAUUUUUGAGUAAAUUUAGUUCUGUGAAAAUGGUUGGUAAGAAAGGGUGUGUUCCAAUCAUUGACUAUAAGCAAAUAGAAAAAGCCACUGGAAAUUUCAAGGAAAGUAACAUCUUGGGUGAAGGUGGUUUUGGAUGUGUUUAUAAGGCCAGGUUGGAUGAUAAUUUAGAUGUUGCUAUCAAGAGGUUGAACUGUGAAUGUCAAUAUGCUGAAAGAGAAUUUGAGAAUGAGGUGGAAUUGUUAAGUAAAAUUCAACAUCCAAAUGUAAUUUCUCUGCUUGGUUGUGGCAGUAAUGAGGAUUCAAGGUUUAUUGUCUAUGAAUUGAUGCAAAAUGGAUCAUUGGAAACUCAAUUACAUGGUCCAUCUCAUGGCUCAGCAUUGACUUGGCAUAUGAGAAUGAAAAUUGCUCUUGACACAGCAAGAGCUUUAAAAUAUCUGCAUGAGCACUGUUACCCUUCAGUGAUCCAUAGAGAUCUGAAAUCUUCUAAUAUUCUUUUAGAUGCAAACUUCAAUGCCAAGGUUUCUGAUUUUGGUCUUGCAAUAACUGAUGGGUCCCAAAACAAGAAUAACAUCAAGCUUUCAGGCACAUUGGGGUAUGUAGCCCCAGAGUAUCUUUUAGAUGGUAAAUUGACUGAUAAAAGUGAUGUAUAUGCUUUUGGAGUUGUGCUUCUUGAGCUUCUAUUAGGAAGGAAGCCUGUGGAAAAACUGAACCCAUCUCAAUGCCAAUCUAUUGUCACAUGGGCCAUGCCACAGCUCACAGACAGAUCAAAGCUUCCAAACAUUGUGGAUAAUGUGAUUAAGAAUACAAUGGAUCCUAAGCACUUAUUCCAGGUUGCUGCUGUGGCAGUGUUAUGUGUGCAACCAGAGCCAUGUUACCGCCCUCUGAUUGCAGAUGUUCUACACUCCCUCAUCCCUCUUGUACCUGUUGAGCUAGGAGGAACUCUCAGAGUUUCACAAGUGACGCAGCAACCUACAAAUUCUAGUUAACAUAGUCAUCAACAAUUUCAGAAGACAUUCUCGCAUUGAAAAUCCAAGACAUGGUUUCAUGAUGCUGCCAAACCAGUUAUUCUUUAUCAAUGUUCGGAAUUGCAGACAGAUUCAUAACCACAUUGUUCAUGUAAUAAUACAUGUGGUCUUGGAGUUUGACCAUGAAACAUAGACUGGUUCAUAAGGAAAUAGGGUAGGCCUAAAAGAGUGAAGAGCUUGGGAUUGUUAAUGAUAAAUGCAAAGAUUUUAAUUUUGAUUUUGUGAAAAUAUUUGUGUAUAGUGCAGUGAUUUCGUGGAAUAAUGUACUGGUCAGAGAGGAUCUGAUUCUGAUUGUCAUUCAUUACCUCUUUUGACUGUUUGUAAUUCAAUAAAUCGGGUUACAAAUAAUUCAUAGAGAAACAAUUAUUCUGCUAA